UAUCCCUUCCAUCUUUAUUUUGCUUUUGCAUUAGCUUAUUAGCCUCCUUUUACCUCCAUUACUUCGUUCCCUUGGCCUCCCUUUUGCUUUCCCGUUUGGACACCAUACUUGCUUGGCUUCUUCUCCUCUCCUCUCAUCUCUGUGGUUUCGUUGGUGAUUGGCUGUUGCUGCUGCUGCUCGGGAUCAAUGGGUACUCCUAGUCCUACCCCGUACCACCUCCAGUCUCCAAGGACCAUCGUCACCAAGAUCAUCAGCAUGAAGCAGCAGCAGCAGGAGCCGGCGACGCCGGAUCCGCCGCCGCCGUCCAAGAUCAUUCUGCAGCCGAGGCGCCGGACCACCCCGGCGAUGUGGUGCGCCGCCAUCGCUGGUUUCGCCUUCAGCGUCCUCCUCAUCCUCGCCGGCCUCGUCAUCCUCAUCGUCUAUCUCUCGGUGAAGCCGAGGACGCCGUCCUUCGACAUCGCCAACGCCGUCCUCAACACCGUCUACGUCGGCUCGCCGUCGUCCUACUUCAACGGCGACAUGACGCUGGUGGCCAACAUCUCCAACCCCAACCAAAAGAUGGGCGUCGUCAUCCAGUCCGGCACCGUCGAGCUCUUCUUCCGGGGCAGGCUGGUGUCGGUGCAGGCGCUGCCUCCGUUCGCGCAGCCGCGGGGCCACUUCACCGUCCUCAACGUCCACAUGCUGUCCAGCCAGGUGGUGCUGCCGCCGGAGGUGGCUGCGGACCUGCUCAACCAGAUGAGGAGCAACAAGAUCCUCUACACCAUCAGAGGGACCUUCAAGGUCCGGGAAAGGUUCUGGUCAUGGCACUACACCUACCGGUUGACCGCCAUUUGUGACCUCGAGCUCACCUCGCCACCCUCUGGAGUUCUUCUUGAUAGGAGAUGCACAACAUCAAAGUGAUUAUUUGGUUUCUGGAUCGAUGCUCUUUCUUUUUUCUUCUUGUAUCAAAUUUUAGAGGAAUUGGGUCAAGGCACAUAUAGCAAAGCAAACAGAUCGACUAGUAUGACUUAAUUACUAGUGGCUUUCACAUUCUUGUUUACUCGAUCGGUAGCAGCCUUGCUCCUGGAGCCUCAAAGCUUCAUGCAACAUGUACAGCGGCAGGCAAUGGUCGUAUGUAGUACUUGUCUCAAUAUAUAUAGCUUGUACAUCGUGAAUCUCAUAUAUGGUGAAUAGAGAAAACUUUAUUAACU